AUGGCGCGCAAGAAACCCUUUGUUGCUUCUGGAGACCGGGAACGCAGCAGUAAAGAGGAGGCCAGCAGCAGCAGCAGCCCCAGCAGAGUCGAAACCUCUCAACACUCCCCAACAGAUGCAGACGGCAGCGCUUUUCGCAGCAUCAGCAGCAAUGCUGAGGCAGCGGUGCCGGAAGGCAGUUGCUCAAUCAAGAGCCAAAGUGCAUGCGGCGAGUGCGGGGACACCGAAAGGGCCACCAGCAGCGCCAGCAGCAGCAGCAGCUGCGGCGGCAACAGCAGGAACACCAGAAGCGGUAGCAACAGCAGGAAGAACAGCACAAGCAACAGCAGCUGCAGCAGCAACUUCGUGAGCGAUGACUUGCUGCGUGAGUUUGACUUCGAAGACUUCUCGCGGGCGUCUUGCUGGGAGCAGCUGCAGCACGAGUUUGUUUCCUGUCUUAGUGGCUUCCCCUUCGUUGCUGCUCGCCGCCGUUACCUGCAGCAAGUGGCAGAUGGACAUGCAGCAGCAGCAGCAGCUGCUGCUGCUGCUCUUCCUACUGGUUCUGGACGUGCUGCCUCAGAAAUGCACAGUUAUGCGACCUGCAGCAGCAGCUGGCACGCCUAUGCUGUCCCUCCCCCUCGCUUCGCUUGCUUGUGCUGCUCCCCACAGCAGCAGCAGCAGCAGCAGCGCUGCGCACUGUCUCUGCAGCUCUUUGCUCCGCUGGUGCUGCAGCUUCUGCUGCCAGUCCCAAAACCACCUGCUGCGUCUCCUGAUGCAGCUGAAGCUCCUCGGGGGUCGUUGCUGCGACUCACGUACACCUGCACUCCCCCGAUGCCUGAACUCGGUUGCUGCUGCUGCAACAGCAACAAUAACAGCAGCAACAACAACCACAGCAGCAGCAACAGCUGCAGCAGCGGGAUCUCCGCAGAUGCACCGGCAGCUGAAAAGCAGCUACAAGAAGACCAACACCCUUGGGAUCCUUCUGUUUCCCCAGUGUUCUUCAGUAGCAGCAGUGGCUACAGCAGCAGCAGCAGCAGCGGCAAGAAAGAGCUUCGAGAAUUCCUCCAACUCGAAACCGUCCGUCCACCCAAAGGAGCAGUAGCAGGAGCAGCAGCAGCAACAGGGAGCGCCGACCGGGGAACAGCAGCAGCAGCAAGAGAAGCUGCUGCUGCUGCUGUCCCUCUACAGGUCUCGAAGGAGACAGCCAGAGCAGCCCUUGGAGCUCUCGUCCUGGCGUCGCGCGCAGCUAAGCCGUGCCAGCAGCAGCAGCAGCAGCAGCAGAUCCUCAGUCGGCUGCCGCUGUUCUCUGUCUACGAUCCGCAGCACGGGGACUGCGUGGGUUCGCAGGUGCUGCUAUGUGCAGAGCGUGGUGUCUCAGCACCUGCAGCAGCAGCAGCAGACGCAGGAGAAGCAGGACCAAACGAACGAGGAAGAAGUUCCCUCCUAAUAAGGCAUUACGAGUUGCUUUGUUUGCCUUCUGCCUUCGCAUCCUGUGAUCUCCCCACAUUCCUGCAUCUGCUGCUGCCGCAUCUGGGCGCAAAACUGCAACACGGACGGCCCCAGAGGGAGCAGCAGCAGCAUGCGCUGUCUGCGCUGCAGCAGCUGAUGGUCUGCUCUCAGUACACAUACUUCCUACCCGCGCCCUGGCAGCAGACACGCAGCAGCAGCAGUCAGCGGCCGGACGCUGUCCAAGCAGCUCGGCUCCUAGAGGCCGGGGGUUGGUGGCUGCAGCAUCCCAACAACACCUGCAGCACUGGUACACACACCACCACCAGCAGCAACAGCAACAGCAACACCGGCACCAUCCGCACCGGCAGCAGUAGCAGCAACAACAGCAGCAGCAGAAGCAUCAGGCCAAGCAAGAACGUCGUCAAUGAGUGGCGUGAGGCAGCUCUAGGUGCUGCAUCUCCGUCGUUUGAGUCAAACGGCACGGUGGUGGCCUCAGCAGACAGGCUGCUGCAGCUGCUGCUGGUGCAGCGUUGCCCCUUUGAAGCUCUGCAUGUGAUAUGGUGCUCGCCGUUGCAGCAGCUUGGCGACUUCUGGAGCAGCAGCCGCAGCAGUAGCAGACCGCUUGCUGCAGCAUUCGAUUGCCGCCUGCGGCUGAACCUCUACGCGCCCCUGCUGCAGGCCCACGAGAAGCUGCUGCAGCAUUACAGCCUCUCGACCAGAACCCUGCAACAGCAGGCGCUGCAAGCAGCAGAUUUCUUGCAGGAAGACACAUGGCAGCAGCAAUGCGGUGUCACUAGCCGUAUUCACCAGCUGAGCCGCUUGCUGCUCCUCGCCAGCAGCAGCAGCAGCAACAGUAGCAACAGCAGCAGCAGCAGCAUCAAGCAGCAGCCAUUCGUCUCCUUGAGUUCAAGGGCCUUCCGCGGCCUCGAGCGCACAGGGAGGAGUGACCUGACCGCCCACAACACACGCAUGCUAGGGCGCGUGUCCGCUGCUGCCAGCAAGCGCAGCAGACGAGGCAGCACCGUCAGCAGCAGCAGCAACCUUCGCAGCAGCAGCAACAGCAGCAGAAACAGCAGCAGCGGCGGCGAGAUAAGCCAAGAUACCAGUGCAAGAGAAGCUGAAGCAGCUUCCUUACACGCGGAAGUGCAGCAGCUGUUCAGGCCCAUGACAGCCCAGCAACAGCUGCUGAUACACCAGCAGCAAGUCAAGAGGCUGCUGCUUACAGGUAGCAGCUGCUUUAGUGCGUGCAGCUGCUGCUGCAGCGCCUGCGGAUGCUGCGGCAUUGACUUGGCAUUUGGGCUGCUAUGGGGGGGCAGCAGCAGCAGCAGCUUCUUCGCAGAGUUGGCGUUGUGCGCCGGACAGCAGCAGCAACUCAGCCAGCUGCAACGACUGUGGCAGCAGCUGCUGAUGAGGUUUCGUUGGAUGUGGGAUCAGCAGUUGCUGCUGCCGCGUGUUGUUUCUGGCAUUACAGCUGCAACUGCAAAUGCAUGUGCAAUACAAUCACCAGCAGCAGCACGAACAGCAGAAGCAGCAGAAGCAGCAGCAGCAGACGCAACUGGCUGCGAAGCCUGGAGCGCCCUAGCAGCGGGGUUAGGGGUGGCAUGCUGCCCGGAUGGCCCCAUUGCGCUUCCGGACGUCUGCUGCUGCUCACUGCAGCAGCUGCUGCAGCAGCUGAACUGCGCGACGCAGCAGCAGCGGCUGCAGCAGCUCCUGCAGGGCAUGCCGGAGAAGCAGAAGCAGCAGCCAUUUGAGUCCUUACGAUUUCUGCUGCCAGGACUUCCUCACCUCCACGAGCCGAUUCUCCCCAUUCUUCCCCCCAUCACGGAGGCAAGCGAAAACCCUAGACCGUAUACCCUAGCCCCAAAACCCUGA